AUGGCUCCAGGCUACCGAUCCCCGUUCUACCAUGCCCCCUCGCCCAAACCCAUCCAAGACGCAGAUAUCAUACCCCCAGCCAUUGCCAUCUUCCUCUGCGUGUCAAUCAUUGUUUGCCUCACACUCUUCGUCUUCUGCAACGCCACGAGGCACAACCGUCAUAAGCACCUCCAGCACCGAGACGAUGCCUCCGUACCAGCGCAGGAGAUGGUUCUAGAUCAAUCCUGCUUUUCAAAGAAUCUUGUUGUGCGGCCAGGCAAAGAUCUUCAGAGGGCAGUCAACGAGAGUCGCUUCGACGAUUUACAGCAGCCUUUACUUACAGCAGAGAAAAGUAGCAAACCACCAGCGAAUGGUGUUGAAAUGGUCACACCACGACACGAUAAUGUAUAUGGAGGUGCAAUCCAUUGGCAUGGAAUCAACACGUUGAAUACGUCUUGGGGGUGGAUGGCUUAA